AUGACUUUUGAUCCAGCAAAACAUAAAUGUUAUGCUGGAUCAAAAAUCAAUGAAGACGAGACCAUGCAGCAUAUUAUAUCAGGAUGUGAAAAACUGGCGGGGACUUGCUAUUUAAGACGUCAUAAUAACCUUGUCCAGUACGUCUACUGGUGCCUGGCCCGAAAACAUAAAAUAGAAGUUGCUGACCAAUGGUGGAAGGAAAUUUUACUCCAGCCACAAGUUAAGGAAAAUAGUUUGGCCAAGAUACUAUGGGAAAUGCCUGUCCAAACUGAUGUCCCUGUAUCUCACAAUAGACCGGAUUUAAUUUAUGUUGAUAAAAACCUUAACCGCCUGUGGAAUACACAGACGACUGUUGUUCCAAUAGUAAUAGGAGCAACAGGAAUAGUAGCAAAAAACAAAGAAAUACAUAGAUCAAUUGAAUCCAACAUUGAUAUUAGUAUUCUUCAGAAACAGGCAGUUAUAUACACAUCGCUUAUACUCAAUAGAGUGCUUGGUGAUGCUAUCUUUGAGGCCAAUACAGCAGAUCAGCAAAAGCAUGAUAUACAGCAAUCUUCAAAUCUGCAGCAAUCAAUCAUCGGAUAUACAUCAUUCAUUAGUUAA